GUAACAUUAAAAAAGGAUAGUAAAUUGCUCAGGUUGCCAUGUUGUUGAUAUGCAGUGAUAGCACUUAACAAUGGCAUUGUGGACUAAAAUACAGCAACUUCCUCCUGGAAGUUUGCAGCAAAUUUAUAGUGAUCGGGAUAUAUUCCCCAUAGAAGUAAGACACUACCUAGCUCAGUACAUAGAGGAAAAAUUUUGGUCUGAUAUAGAACCACAAGUGGACAACCCGCAGCAUGAACAAUACAUUGCAGGUUUGGUAAAUUCCUUAAUUGCAGAAAUAGAAAACAAAGCUGCAGUAGUUAGUGACAGUGAAUACUUUCUUACUAAGCUUAAACUUGUUGAAGCUGCAAAACAGCUGAGAAUAAGAUAUGGAUCCAGUCCCAUACAAUUAUUUACACUUAUUCGAGAUCGACUAGCUGCUGAAAUGAGGCUUGUACAGGCUGCAGGUUCGGAUAAUUUGGCUGGUUUACCAAAUUUGAUGAUAUCGAAUAAUGGUGCUGAGGUUUUGCAAAAAGUCAAUAUUUUGAGAAGCAGAACUCAGGGAACUGCCGAAGAUUUGAGAAUAAUGGAAAGUGAAUUGGAAUCAUUUGCUUUACAAUAUCAUGAAUGUACAAAAAUUAGUGCAUCAUUGCAACAAAUGAUUUCUCAACCAAAUGCUCAACAACAAGCUACCGCUGCGAAGCUUCAAAAACGUAAGGAAAUACUAGAGCAAAAUCUUAAUCAAAAAUUGGCUGGCUUGAUGCAAAUGAGAUUGGCUCUGGGUGAAAAAUUAAAGGAAACAUAUCAGCUUUUGGCACAAUUGCAGACACAAGUUUUGGAUGAAGAACUCAUUAAAUGGAAACGUGAUCAGCAACUGUCUGGCAAUGGGGCAACUUUUAACAGUAACUUGGACACAAUUCAGGAAUGGUGUGAAAGUUUGGCCGAGCUGAUUUGGCUAAAUCGACAGCAAACUAAAGAAGUUGAGAGAUUAAAAUCUAGAUUACAGGUAGACUAUCCACCUGUAGUUGCUGAUGUGCUUCCUCAGCUUGUACAGGAGUUCACCCAACUCUUAUCAACUUUAGUGACAUCUACUUUUAUUAUUGAAAAACAACCACCUCAAGUUAUGAAGACAAAUACAAGGUUCACUGCAACAGUUCGUUUAUUAGUUGGUGGUAAAUUGAAUGUACACAUGACUCCUCCGCAAGUGAAGGUGACCAUAAUAUCAGAGUCCCAAGCUAACAUGUUAUUGAAAAGUGAUAAACUGGGCAAAAGUGGAGAAACUUCAGGGGAAAUUUUGAAUAACAGCGGUACGAUGGAGUAUCAACAGAACACCAGACAACUUUCUGUCAGUUUUAGAAAUAUGCAGUUAAAAAAAAUCAAGAGAGCUGAAAAGAAAGGUACUGAAAGUGUGAUGGAUGAAAAGUUCUCGCUUUUGUUUCAAUCCCAAUUUAGCGUUGGCGGUGGUGAACUGAUGUUCCAAGUGUGGACUCUAAGUCUACCAGUUGUAGUAAUUGUACAUGGAAAUCAAGAACCACAUGCUUGGGCUACGGUGACUUGGGAUAAUGCAUUUAGUGAACCAGGACGAGUGCCAUUUGCAGUACCAGAUAAAGUACCUUGGAACAAGGUAGCAGAAACGUUGUCUUUAAAAUUCCGGGCUGCUACUGGUAGAGGUUUGACGGAAGACAAUUUGCGCUUUUUAGCUGAAAAAGCCUUCAGAGGCAAUUACAAUGAAAAUACGAAUUCUAUGUUGACGUGGGCUCAAUUUUGCAAAGAGCCAUUAAGCGAUAGAAACUUCACAUUUUGGGAAUGGUUCUAUGCCAUCAUGAAACUGACAAGGGAGCAUCUGAGGGGACCUUGGGUCGAUGGUGCAAUAAUGGGUUUUGUAAGAAAAAGACAGGCCGAAGAAUUAUUAAGCAGUUGUCUUUGUGGAACAUUUCUGUUGAGAUUUUCGGAUAGUGAAUUAGGAGGCAUAACUAUUGCUUGGGGCUCAGAUACUGGAGAAGUUUUCAGUCUUCAACCAUUUACAUCCAAAGAUUUCGCCAUCAGAUCUCUUGCUGACCGUAUUUCAGAUUUGAAUCAUCUACUUUAUUUAUAUCCAGAUAUUCAAAAAGACCUUCCAUUUGGAAAAUAUUAUACACCAUAUCAAGAUAACCCACCUUCGACCAAUAAUGGCUACGUCAGACCACAAUUAGUGACACAAAUUCCUCCAGGAUUUACGGGUCACAGCUAUCCCAAUACACCUCAGCAUACUCUGAUGCAGUCCCCAGAUCCAUCUCGAGACACGCCAUCCGUAGCUAGCAGUUAUGCUGGUUCGGUGGCGACGACGGUGAACACCCACUUGGGCAGCAACUCGAACAUGGAUUACCUAGAUCAAUUGGAAGAUUUGAACCUGGACAACUUCGAUAUCAUGGGGUACAAGUCAUAAGAAGUUCGAUAUAGCUAGCGAAGCGAGUCGAAACGUUUGUUUUUAUUAUGCGGCCAUCCACUAUUUAAUGUUAAGGUAGGAUGUUUUUUUUUUGUUUUUAUUUGUGUAUAUUAUCAAUUUAUGUUGUACAUUUGAUUUUAUUGCGAUGUUAAUCUAUUGAACCAGUGUUUAUAUUAAAUGUGGUUAUUUUUAUAUUUGUAAUACCAUUGCCUAUGUGGAUCAUUUGGAUGGUUGUUUUUUUAUUUAGGUUAUUUUAUAGGUUUGUACUAUAAACUUAAAAAACUUAUGAAGGCUGUUCUAAAACUUUACGGUAACUCAUGCUACAAUUUAUGCUGGUUACAAUGGAUGUUUAAUAAAUGAUUUGCUCAAAAUCUAACGAUUUAAUAAUUUAAAAAUGUAUUAUAUUCUUAUUUUCAAAGUUACUAAGUAAGUUUGGCUUCCACCCGUAUUUUUUUUAUAACAUCUUAAGAUAAUUUUAAGAUUAUCUUUCUUAGUUUUAAAAUUAUUGAAUUCAUUUAUAUUUAACUUGUUUUAAAAUGAAUAAACUAGAAUGAAUAUAUAUUAUAAUGUUUGGCAUUCUAUAUUAUACUCUUCACAGUUUAACAUACCUC